GUAAGGACGGUCUCCGCGGAGCUCCAAGGCCCGGAGCACGUGCCACUGGCUUCUCUGCCACCCAUGGGCUUGAAACUUAACUGUUCCUAGUCCUUAUCCCAGCCCCCAACAUUUUAAUCUAAGUUGCCGGGACAAAAUUGACCAAAACUAGGGGGAGGAGGGGACCAGUAGUACUAAUGACUUACUACAGGUCAUUAUGAAAUAAACUAACAAUACUGAAUCUUUUGGCGAGAAAAUUUUGCUGCUAAGGGCACUGCACUGUAAUUUGCUAGUAAAGGCUAAUAGUAGAGAUUAAAGCUCCCUUGAGGACAGGUGCCUUGUCUUUAACACGUUGUAUGCAUCACUUUUAACACAGGAGUAAGUAAUUGAUGAGGGAUGACUUGAUUGUACUACGAUGAGAUGGUUUUCUUCUCCAUCACCAGUAGCCUCCCUAGCUGGUGUCCCUGUACUGUCUCCUGAAUCCACCUUCCACUGUUAUCCGCUGGCCCUUUCCAGUCUGUAAACUGGACAGUUUUCAUCCCUCUGCCUAACAUCCGGUCGUAGCAGCCCAUCCCAUCUCUUUAAGGAUAAAACCCAAAUUCUUGGUAUAGUAAAGCUAAACCAAGCGCUCUCCCUGGAAGGGCCCCUGUGUUUCACCAAAGCCGACUUCGGUACUUUCCCCAUCUUCCCAGGAAUCCUGUACGUCGUUACACUUAUCAUAUUGGAAGGCAAUAAAUGAUCUUGCGUGGGCUCCUUAUUAAGGCAGGGAACCCAAUUUAUAUUCUCAGGGCAGAACAGGUAUUCAGAAAAGGAUAAUGGAAGAGGAAAAAAGUUUUAAUAUAAACUAUGGAGAUCGUAACACUGGCUAAUCAUGAGCAAGUAUUUAUAGAAGACCCACUGUGUGCUAAACGGCUCCUAAUAUAUACUUUUAAGAUACUCUCUCAGCUUGGAAAUUGUGCUGACUUCUUGCUCUUGCUUGCUUCUCUGGUGGGCUUCCAUCUAAAUUUGGCCAAGACAUCAGAUCAUAUGGUUAAUAUUAACACAUAUUGUAUAGAUUGUUUUCAUACUUAAUAGCCAACAGGUUUUGUCAGUUGACGUACUACUGGUGCCUUAUCUAUUUUUACUCUCCCAUACACUGCCCAUUUGGAAUAAGCUUAGUGGUUUUUUUUUUUUUAAAAAAAAGAUCCUUGCAUACACACAGUAAAUCCUAGAUUCAGUUUUGUGAUAAAACACUGGAAUCCUGAAUGGGACUUUUGGUAGGAGACAGCUGCUUUUUUUAAAGGUCAUAAAGGUGGUUUAAUCCAUUGGAAAUUAAAAAAAAAAAAAAAGGAUCAACAUUGACCUAUUUAAUUGGCCCAUCAGUAAGUAGCAAAACAAUAUUGUAGUUGUUGAAAUGAAGAUAGUUAUAAGCCUCCAACUGAGCAUGGUCAGAGGUGGGAGGCCAAAAAACAAAAAAUGGCUCAUGAAACAGUACUACCUAUCAGAGCCCAUCAAAAAGCUAAUUAAAUUAAUAGAAGCUAUGACGAAUUAACAGCCCAAGGUACUGUCAGAAAAGAAGCCUGUGGUAUUUUUUUAAAAAGAAUUUGUCAGUGAUCAUUACAGCACAACCCAGGGAGGAUUAUCUUAAGAAUUAGCAAACCUAAAGUAAAAAUGGGAGUUACCAAGCUGGCAUACCUUGAUAGAACCAGCCCCUAAAAUCUGUCCUCUGCCACAUUCUUGUCCUUCAGGAAACUUUAAAAUGUGAAAUUUCGUACAUGUAAAUUCACAUUCAGGUAAAUUCUUAAUUCACCCUUUCAAAAUAUAUUUACAGAGUGCCUACUGAGUAUUAGGCACUAAACUAGGUACUAGACUGAUCAAGACAGGAAAAAUCCCUUUAAGGAGCUGACAUUCUACUGGGAGAAUCAAUAAGCAAGACUUCUACCGAGCCAGUGAUGCAGAGACGAGGAGGAAGACAGCAUGUGUUCGGCCUUUAAGCUCCGAGGAUUUUUAGAUGUUCAAAAUAUUCCCUGCGCCCGGGAUUCAAUAUUGUAUGGUUCAUUAGGAUCUGUUGUGGCUGGCUUUGGACAUUUUUUGUUCACUAGCAGAAUUAAAAGAUCAUGUGAUGUUGGAGUAGGAGGGUUUAUCUUGGUGACUUUGGGAUGCUGGUUUCAUUGUAGGUAUAAUUAUGCAAAGCAAAGAAUCCGGCAAAGAAUUGCCAGAGAAGAAAUUAAAAAGAAGAUAUUAUAUGAAGGUACCCACCUCGAUCCUGAAAGAAAACACAACAGCAACAGCAGCAAUUGAACAAUCUUGAGCAUAGAAAAGUCGAUGUGAACGAAGUUAAUUAAGAUCAACCACACAAAACAUUUCAUGUGCAAUAAGCUCUCAAUCAAAUAAAUUAAGUUGUAGUCAUUUUUUCCCCCACUUGUCUGGAAUGAAAACUUGCCAGUUUAUUCUGGCGCUAUGUCUACUGCCAGGAUAGCAUUCUUACAUGUUACAUAUAGUGGACCUGUCAUACUUAAAAUGUGAAAGAAUUAUAAAACCUAGUGUUUUAAUGUACUUGGAAAGAGUUUCCUUGUAGUAGUAAGUAUAGAGUUUAAUGAUAAGUAAACUUCCCUUAACAAAAACCUCAACCUUAUUAGUAUCCCAUUAAAAAGCAGCAACUACUUACUGACUUCUUAAAAGAUUUAAAACGAAGGGACUUUAUCACUUUGCAAAUUAUUUUUUAAAUGCAUUCAUCAUUUGAAAGUAUUCUCUCAUUUCUUAAAAUGUGAGUCAUCUUCCAAAAGAGUUGUUUUUAACUGCCCUAAACAUUUUUGGGAAAGUAUGCAGGGUUUAAAUUUUUAAGUAUAAUUAGUUUUGAAUUUAAAUAUGCACAUGGAACUUGUUUGGCAGACUGAUGCAAUAGAAAAAUAAUUGCAGUAUUACUAUUAAUGUAAACAAUCCAUUUGAAAGUCAAUCAGCUGCUCCCAUUAAAAUAUUUAAAAUACAAGAACACCCACAGCAUCUAACUAAAUCCUCAGGAUUUAUUCUCUGGAGAAAUUCUCCCUUUCUAGGAAAAUUAAGUUAUUCCUGGUUUUAAUCUAUACAAUUACUUUAAGAAAAUCUAUUAAAUAUAACAAAACACAAGCUAGAUGCUUAGGAAAUGCUUAAAGAAAUACUGGGGGGAAGACACCAGCAGUCAACAAGAUUGUGGCCAUUUCUGGUCCUAUUAUUUUGAUAUACCAUGGAAGGCACAGAAAUAGCAAAGAAGAAAAUAUUAUUUUGAUCUACAUCUUUUUCUAAAGAAAAAUGGAGCUUGCUCCAGUUCUAUUCACAAGAACAUUUUCCCUCCCAUGCCCACCUUUUCUUGUGGCUGUCGCUAGGAAGGUUAUGAUGCAGAGGCUGUGUGGUUUACCAAAUGCCUUAACUUAGCAGUGAAUGACACUGUCAAACACAUGUUGAGGGAAAAUUUUUACUGAUUCACAAAAAGUAAGACAGUUUGCCCACUCUUAGUGGCACAAAUCAAAGCUGCAUGCAGUCUACAUUAUCCAAAUUAGUUAUAACCAAAUAAUUGUUAAAAAAUUCUGCCGGGCGCGGUGGCUCACACCUGUAAUCCCAGCACUUCGGGAGGCUGAGGCAGGCAGAUCACCUGAGGUCAGGAGUUCAAGACCAGCCUGGCCAACAUGGUGAAACCCUGUCUCAUCUAAAAAUACAAAAAUUAGCCAGGCAUGGUGGUGCACGCCUGUGGUCCCAGGUACUCAGGAGGCUGAGGCAGGAGAAUCACUUGAACCCAAGGUGGGGCGGGCGGAGGUUGCUGUGAGCCGAGAUUGCGCCACUGCACUCUAGCCUAGGUGACAGAGACUCCCUCUC